CUGGAGGUCUGGAUUGAGUUUGCGCGCAAUAAUUCUAAGAUGGUGAUGGGUAUCAACAAAUCGUAGCCGAGCAAUUGCAUUGAUUCAGGAAAUUUUAUUAAUGUUUUGCGGCUGAUUUUGCCCACACAUAUUGUUGUUUGACCUAACACAGACGGCUUAGUGUUACAAAAGUGAAUAUAUUCGCCGUAGGUUUUCUUCAAAGUUCCUCGGACCUGCAUAAAGACCUGAACCAACAAGGCAGCCUAGGCCAACCACCGUCGACGACACAAGUGUGUGCAUUGUGGAAUUCACCAUCUAGAGACAGCCAUGGAUCCUGCUGUCAUUAAAAAGACUCAAGAAACUCUUGGGAAAGUGAUAAAAAAGCCUCCCCUGACAGAUAAAUUGCUAAGCAAGCCACCAUUCAGGUUUCUUCAUGACAUUUUGACGGAGGUUAUAAAAGUUACUGGUGUGCUAAAAGGACUGUUUAAACCAGAGGAAAUGAAUUCAGAAAAUGUUAAAGACAAAGAAGCAAAAAUGUAUUUUCUUCAAAAAGCAAUAGAUUGUGUUGGUAUCUUGAUAGGAGAAACCCUUAGUGUCAGACCAUCAAAGAUUGUGGCUGGUCAUGAGCCUGAAAAGACAAAUGAGUUUUUGCAGUCAUUGGGAAAAGUUUGCUUAAAAAAGAUGGAUAGUGCUGAUGCAGUAAAGAAGACCCUAUCAGGAGAGAAGCCUUCUUCUGGAAAAUCAAGAAAGAAGGAAAGCUCCAGAACUUCAAGUAAGGAAAGACCUAAAGAAGGUGGUGACAAAUCAAAGGAUAAAGAUAGCAAAAAAGAUGAAAAGGAUAGCCGAAAAAGAGACGAUAAGAAAGAGCGGGGUAGUUCUUCUGGUAAAGAUCGAGACAAGGAAAAGGACACAUCACGAAAAGGACGCGAAGAGAGAGAUAGGAACUCCGAAAAAGAGAAAGAAAAAGAAAAAGAGAAAGAAAAAGAGAGAAGUAGAGAUAGAGAUAGAUCAAAAGAAAAAGAUAGGAAGAAAGAGCAAGAACAAGAAAGAUCGAAAGACGUUAGCAAACAGCCUGAUGAUGAAAUUAAGCCAAGCACAAAUGCAGAACCAACACCAAAUGAUGCAGAGAACGAGGAUGAAAAUGCCGGUAAUAGGGUUAUGCAGAGGCCGUCAUCUGCAAAAGGACAGCGAAGAAGACCAACCAACAGUGAAACAGAUAAGGAAAACAAAGACGUUACCAAUGAUGUAAUUAUGGACUCAGCUCCGGCUCCAAAGCAAACAGAAAACGCUGACGAAAGCGAUCUCCAGGAAGACGAUGUGAUUCAACGACAGCCUUCAUCUGUGCGACGGCCUGCUCGACCAAGCAGUGCCAGGCCAGCUCCGCCAAAAAUCAAGCGAAAUGAAGAGAUAGAAGAUCCAGGUUUAAGGUUGGGCUCUGGCAAACAGGUCAAUGCUGUUAUCGUGGAUAAUGGCAAGGAACAGGAUGAUGAAGAUGACUUAUUUGUCGUUGAAGAUAACGCACCGCAGGAUUCGUUUCUUGAAGAGAAUGUCAACGAAAAUCCAGCAGAAGUCGAAGAUGGACAACACGGAAGCCUUGUGAAAAAGAUGCUUGACAGUAAGAGAGAAGCUGAAAUAGUUCAGUCAAAGUCCUUGCAAAAUAAGGAAAAACCUAUUAUUAUUGAUGCAACAAGAAAGAAAGAGAAGGAAAUGGCUCAAAAGGAGAUUGAAAAGCUCCGGAACAGCAUCCAAACACUGUGUAGAAGUGCACACCCUCUAGGCAAAAUUAUGGAUUAUUUACAAGAAGACAUGGAUAGUAUGCAGAAAGAGUUAGAAAACUGGAAAGAACAAAAUAAGAAGUACCAUCUCGCGCUGAAGGCAGAGCAGAGCGUAACCGAAAAUGAUAUCGAACCAUUGCAUGCACAAUUGGGCGAACUUGAGCUGGAAAUUGCAGAUAUGGUCGAUCGAAUUGGAUCUGUGAAAAGCAACAUAAUACGAAAUGAAGAGAAAAUACGGGACAUGGUCAGCGGGAUCUCUAGAUAGCGAGUAACUUCUUUAAUUAAAAUCUAGCUUAUUGAGAUAUUUACAAAAUUAUUGCCUUAGUUGCUGCAUUAUUCACAAAUUUCACCCAAGGUCAAUCAUUAAGUCAUUGAUUACUCUAAGUCAAUGAUAAAGACCAUGUCUCUAAGCAUAGACUGAAAUCUGUAGAUUUUCAAGCAACAACGAUGCCGCCUUUUAUAGAUAUGCAAGCAAAACACGGUUCAAUAACUAAAAGCAGCCGUCAACAUGGAAGGAGAAACAUGAAUAAAAGAGGAUUUUUGUUGCUGGUAGUAAAAAUCUGUAGCUUUGUUGUUGAUGCUGAAGGAUGCGUUACAAAGGAUAGAAAGACUGUUUGGCAAGCUGGGAUAAUUUGCUCAAAUCUGCACAUGCUGUUGGAUGUGUCAUUCGUCCAGCAUCUUUUUCUGUUUAAUUCAUGAAAUUUAAUAUAUUAGGAGCAAUAUUAGUGAUGUACAUUUUGUCAUUUCUCGUUGUUAAUAUUUACAAAUCUUCUGUACAUAGUAAUAUUCGAAAACAUACAAAGCUCA